AUGGAGGCCGCCCCCGGUGUUUCCUGGUACAGCACAUACUCUUCCUGCAAUCCUCCGCUAGGUCGAGGAUUCCCCUGCGAUCGCGAAUUCCCUUACAGUCGGCAGCUGCGUUGCUACGGAUUCGAACCUCCACCUGCGACUCUGCGACUCCUGAAGGAGUUGUCUGCCAUGUGUGAGCGCUUCUGCAAACGACCUAGGGAACCGCGAGGACAGUGGUCGCUCUGGGAAUGGGAUAAGCGAUCCAAGGCAAUACUCCGCACCAACGACGAAAUACUGGGGCUCGGGGUUAACAAGAUCGAGCCAAUUUCUAAAGGGACCAGCAUGGACUCCAACUACCUGCGGGAUGUGCUGGGCUCGGGGCUGACGGAGGGGCUGGCGGAGGUGGCUGAGCGGCGGCCCCUGGACCCCAUCGACUACCUGGCCCACUGGCUGUACAAGUACAAUGACAACUUGGAGAUGCAGAGACAGGACAAAGCGGUGGAGGUUGAGCUGAGCAUAGAGAUGGAUACCUAUCUGAAGGAGCGGGCCAUCCAGGAGCAGGUCACGCAGGAGCUGGAGGAGAUCCAACGGAUGCACCGGGCCCAGCAGCUGAUGGAGGCCACCACCGUUCACGGUGCGCAGUCCAGCACUAUCCCAUCCUCUCCCAAAGAUGUUACGGCUGCCGAAUGGAUGUCACAGGCGUCAAUGCCGUUGGAGAGCACGUCGAGUCUGGUGCCGCCCGGCUGGGAGGCGGAGCCCGAGCUGCAGACCGUCAAGGAGGAGUAUAAGGAUGAGAUCGACAACAGAAAAAGACAAAUCUCGUGGAAGUCGCAAGGCAAAGGAGGGUGAAUAGAAGGAUCCGGAAGCAGGAGCCGAACUUUGCUGAGGCCAUGAGCCAAGCUCCACCCAUCAUUUUACCCCUCUCCCUCCCCACCCCUUACCUACCCACCCCCCCUUACCUACCCACCCCACUCCCUCCUUCACCACCUCCACCCCUCACUCUACCCCAGGACAUUAAAUAAAGUUCCCCCCCCCCCCCUCAUUCAUCUCCCCAGCCUUCUUGCGGCACUCGGUGAGGGUGGGGAGGGUACGAACAGCAUGGAAACAUGAUUCUUCAUGGAGCAUUGAUUAUCCAUUCGCACAAGCUUAAUUGGGAGAUACAGUGUGGAAACAGGCAUUUUCCCACCGAGCCCAAGCCGACCUUCGAUCACCUGUACACAGUAGUUUAGAUGAGAGAUACCUAGUGAAAACAGGCCCUUCGACCCACUGAGUGCCCGCUGACAAUUGAUCAUCUAUUCAAGUUCAAGUUCACAUUUAUUGUCACAUGCAGCAAUUGGUACAGUGAGAUCGAGUUACCAUAGAGCCACAUGAAUAAUAAAAACACAAUACACGAUAGAGUUUACAUACACAUCCACCACAGCAGAAUCAACAUUUCCCACUGUGAUGGAAGGCAAUAAAGUACGGUCAUCUUCCUCUUUCUUCACCCGUGGUCGGGGCCUUUGAACCCUCGCUGGGAUGAUCGGAACUCCGGCGUGGGAACAGAGACAGAGAGAGACAGGAUGCAACAGAGAGAAAGUACGCAUCUCCGUCCAGGUAAGUGACUGAAAAAGUUUUCCCCCUAUCU